CUCUCCCUCCCUCCCUCCUCCUCUCUCGCCCUCGGACUCAGAUUAUCUCCAUCGUCCUGCUGCUGCUGAGAUGUCGACUCCAGAGGCUGCAGGGACUCCAGGAGCGCCCGGGGGCCCGCAGGGGGAGGGGGGCCCCUCGGCUGCGGCCCCGAACCUGACGAGUAACCGACGCCUGCAGCAGACGCAGGCGCAGGUGGACGAGGUGGUGGACAUCAUGCGCGUGAACGUGGACAAAGUCCUGGAGCGGGACCAGAAGCUGUCGGAGCUGGACGACCGGGCGGACGCGCUGCAGGCCGGAGCCUCGCAGUUCGAGAGCAGCGCCGCCAAACUCAAGAACAAGUACUGGUGGAAGAACUGCAAGAUGAUGAUCAUCAUGUCCGUUAUCGGUGUCAUAUGCGUGGGAGUCGUCUUCUUGUAUUUCUUCUACUGAGCUGCUCCUGAAGAAGAACCAACACGUCACAGGACGAGUCUUCACUGACAAACACCGAAUCAACCAAAUCCAGCCUCUUCGUCCUCCUCCUCCUCACCUUCCCCACAAACCUUCGUGCAUGAUCUGGAAUGUGCUCCAGUGCCUCCAGGUUUCUCUGCUUCCAGCAGAAGACUCUCAGCUGCACUGCAGGAUGUAAUACUGACGAGGACCAGAAGGGGGCGCUCACUGCGUAAGGACGGCUUCUUUUCCUUCUGCGAGUUUCUGAUCGUAUCCCAGUGUGUCGCCGUCUUGUGGCCACGAAAAUGAACAACAGUAUUUACAGCAGAUCGAAGAAUUAUUGAAGUAAGUUUGUAAAUUUGUUGUAUCAACUUAAGCUGAAUAGCGACAAGAUCUAAAUAUGAAAUCUUUACAUUAGUUAUGUUGUUAAACGGCUGAUUUUGAAAACAGCUGUAGAAAGAAAAUAAAGGAAAAACCUUUGUGUUGUAUGAAAUAAGACACGUCACAUGUAAUGUUAAUUUAGUUUUGAUGGACAGUUUUUCUAGCUGCGAUUCAUAAAACAUUAUUUUAAACAAGUUAAUUUCCCUUCUUCCUCAUGUCUGUUGUACUUGCUGCCCCCUUGCUGUCAGUGUUGGAACUGCUACCGCUGUAUUUCCACAAUGAGCAGAAAUCCUCCAUAAAUCAGGAUCAUAUCCGUUUCUCCUUUCGUCCUUUUCAGUGAACGUGAUGUUUCCUCUCCUGGUUUUAUCUGUUAUCGUCUCGUGACUCCACCCGACGUCCUCUCGUAGUUUCUGUGGUUUGAAUGUGAAACUUGAUGCUUCGUUCUGAACCGUCUGUAAAGAUUGUUUAUAAGAAUGUUUGGUGAGUGUAGUUUUAAUCGUCUGAGGCUGUAGAUAUUAACGGAUGGAUUAUGAAGACAGAAGUUUCAAACUGUAAAUGACACAAAGACACGUUGAGGUGAUUCUCAUUGUGAGCUGGGAUCAAAUAAACUCAUAUUUGCAAAAGAAAU